CGCCUUCCCCGCCCUCUGCGUCCAGAGCCCAAACUUCCUCGACCGGCAUGAGUCCUCCUCCUCCUCGUCCUGCUGCUGCUCUUCCCCGGCCUCCCUUUGCAGGAUGCGUGCGUGGGGCUGCCGGGCUCUGCGCCUGUGCCUGCUCUCGGGGAGCCUCCUCCUGGGCCUCCAGCUGGGGCUGCGGCGCCCCGGGGAAGCCCCGCACCAGGCCGCGCCGGGGAUGCAGUCCCAACUGCCGCCGCCCCUCGCCGCCAAGGAGGCGCUUUCCCGCAGGAGGCAGGUGACCUACCUGAGGAGCGGGCGGAGGAGGAGGGCGCCCACCGAGCCCACCUGCUGCCCCCCGAGGAAGGCAAUACGUUGGCACAUAGACUUGCAACCCUGGGCAAGCUCAACGCCAUCGCUGAAUGAUGAAGCCCUCCGGCUCUUAAAAUAUAUCAGCACUGCUCAGAUUUCAUGCCAUCGUAUGAACAUGAAAGAGCUGCCAGAAAUCCCUGACAGCCCGGCUAGGCCCUGGUCAGUCUGCCUGGAUGACAGAUUUAAUUUGGUUCAUCAAAUCCAAAAGAAGCAAUGCCGCCUGUAUUCGCUGGGGCUGGGUAGUGAUGACAAUGAGUUUGAGAUCAGCAUGGCCAACAGUGGAUGUGAGGUGCACCGCUUUGACCCCAGUAUCCAACCGGCACAUGUACGGAAAGGACAGCGUCUCUGGUACCACCGCCUGUCCAUAGAUUGGCGGGAUCCCAACCCACUGAUUGCAUCUCAUAAGCUUCGUGCCAACACAAAGAAGCUUGGCACCAUAUUAAAUGACUUUGGACACCACAAGCAACAUUUUAAGUAUGAAGCACAUUCCUGUGCAGAGAAGCUUGCAUUCUUGGAGGCAGAAAACAACAUGUCCUCUUCGCAACCUAGAACUUGGAAAGUUUCUAUUCUGUGUGCAUGCAGGGAGGAAUUCUUGGCACAUCCCACCACAAAUUAGAGGGAAAUAACUCUAAUUACCCAUCACAGAUUUAUUUAAUUUCCAAGGCAAUAUGCAAGACUUUUUCUUUUUAAAAGAAAUGUUGUUAAUUCAAUAAAUUGCUUUCUUUUAAGAACUGAUUUAGAACAGUCUAGUGCAGAGCUUUUCAAACUUUGUGUCACGACACAUGAGUGUGUCGAUUGCAGUGUGCAGGUGAGUCAUGCAAACAUAAUGAGAAAUGACAAAAAUCUUGGAAAUGUAAUUAUCUUGCAAAUCAUAUAUUUUCAAAUAUAUAAUUAAAGGCUUUCAGGAGAUAUGUUGGGUCCCUAUACAUUUUGUUAUUACAAUGUAUGUAUGUGUCUGCAUUUCUUAGACGUGAUUGGUUUAAUCUCCCGUUUACUAAUGAAACCGAAUUACUGUGUUGUGAAAUGAUGCAUAUUUAAAAAGUGUGUCACCAGCAGAAAUAUUUGGAAAUCACUGAUCUAAUGAAAGACAGGCAAAUCCCUAUGUUUCUAUUUAUUUAUUUAUUUAUUUUAAAAACAAACUAUAUUUUUUCAAAAUAGUCCUGGACAUUAGAUUGCAAGGGGCUAGUAUUUUUUCACCCAAUCGGCCAAGGACUGUCCACACAUUCAUGCGCAUUGGUUACACCUGUGUCUUUCUUUCCUGGAAGCUCUCGAGGGACCAGCAGUUGAUGGCGCAAGGACUGAUCCUGGUCCACAAACCACCACCUUUAAGGAGCAGUAGUUCCAUAGUGUUUGAGAUAUGGAGCCUACUCUGCCCUACUUGCAAAUGCUGACAAUUUAAUCUAGGACUUUCUGCAAGCAAACCAUAAAUUCUGCAGAGCUUGGGCCUUUUUCCCUAGAGACUAAGACACAAUGUCUUCAUUUUGUUUACUUUAAGCUUGCCUAGUUGCCAUGAAUUGCCUAUAAUGGCUAAAGCAACAACACAAGGCUCACAGAAUUCACAUAAAGAAUCUUUCUAGAUUCGUCAUUUUGUUUUCCAAAAGUUAAGAUGCACUUCUCUCACCUUCAGUAUAAAUUUCAGAGAUAAUAUAUCGACAAAUACUAAAAUUGCCACUUUUUUGUUUAAAAGUAUUUUAAGCAUGUUAGGAAUGAAUUCACAAUACAAUACAAGAAGCACUCUUAAUGCUACCACCUGAAUAGUAACAUUACUACUUCGCUUUCUCUUCUAAUACUUCACAAAGAGAACAGAAAAGAAGCACAAAAGUAGCAACCAGUUCUGGGCCAAGGCAAAGAGGUCCACUUCCACAGUGCUCAAGGAGCUCUGGAAGUGUGUCUGGAUGUGGCUGUUGCACUCCAGCACUGGAACACCCUUUCACUCAACACCACACUAGAGUCCAGCACUCCAAUAAAAAUGUUUAUUAAAGAAAAAAUAUAAAAAAGGGAAAAGGCAAAGUACAAAAGAAUCAGUAGUAAUAUAAAAUGCAAUUCUCAAAAGAAGCCAGAGUUCAGUAGCAAUAAUCUAAAAAUGCCAGGUUAUAACACAAGAUCCAAAAGCAUAAUAUUAGGUAUAUCCAUGAACAUAAAGACAGGAACUUCUCCAAGGUAAAUUAUACAAAUAUACAUAUGCAUAAACAGCAACAUGAAACAGGAACUUUGACAAUACAUGCACCAAGAACUUGGAAUCUUAAACAGGAGACUGAUUUCCAUUAGCAACGUUGUCUCCUCUAAAAGGCCUAAAACCAAACCACUUAAUUUAAGCCCUCCAAGAUACCCAUGAUAUCAUGCCUAACACAUCUGGACUUCAAGAUCUUAUAUCAAAUCCUCUGAGAAUAUCUAGUUUGCUGGCUUUUCAUGCUGCGCAUUCACAGAUCUAAUCUAUUAUCCCUUGAAAACUCCUCAUCUUCUCAAGGUCUUUUCACAAGGGAACUGGUACUUUCAUUUUCCCAUGUUGCCUGGGAAUGAGCUGAAGAAUCCAAAACAUCAGCCUCAUCUGCCUGCAAUUCCCUCCAAACACCCACAGACACCUCAUUUUGGAACCUGUCAUCCCCCUCAUCCUUUGAACAUUCAGAAAAAUCCUCUGAUGCCUGCCAGACUAGAACAGCAGUCUACAACUGCAGUUAAGUCUACUACAACUCAUGGCAAGAGAGCAUCUACUAAGAUGUUCUUGUUUUCUGGCAGAUGCAGCAGUCCCAAAGACGGAGCAUGAAAUGUGGCAGGGUGCACUGCUUGUUCAGAUAGUAUGACAUUGUGGUGUUGGCAGAGAUGGCUGAACAACCUUGCCUUAGAAGAGAAGCUGAGAUUUAAAGAAAUGAAAAAAAUCGAAAGCAAAAAAACAGUUAAAAUUUGAGCAAGCCAAGAGAAUGGUGUGAUGGCUUAAGUGGUCUAGCCUGUUUUGUGGUCAUUUCUCUGUCUUUCUGGGAGGGCUAAUACCCUGAUAAAGGACUUCAAUAAUCAGAAAAGGGGAAGUUGGAGCUACAUAGAUAUGUAUGUAUGUUUAAAAGCCAACCACUGUUCAGCAAUGCUACAGAAAAUCCAUUGACGUAAUAAAACACAUGUGAAAAUUAACCUGCCAAAUUUCCAAUUUCAUGCCCUACCCGACUUACAGUAGAGGGAAAUUGUGGCCGCAGAUGUCCUCCCACCUGCCAUUACACCUGGGGAGUUCCUUCUUCCCAGGAGUCACCUGUGCCAGGCAAGCAUUGUGCACUGCGGCUGCCAAUCACUGGUGGGGCCGCCGCGUCCUCUGAUUGGCCAGGCCAUCCGCCAUGCUUGUCCAACGGCAGCCUACUUAAGGCUGGGUGGGGUCGCUCUCCAGCCAGUGCUCUAUGGCUGUUCCAUCCUGCCUCCCCCCCCCCCCCUUAGAUCUAUUAACUUUGUUUUGUGGUAAUGUUAGAGUUUUUGUUCAUUGUCACAACUUUUAGGCAUUUAGCAUGAGCCCUGGAUCCGGCUUGCAUAACUACCCCAUUAUUAUUAUUAUUAUUAUUAUUAUUAUUAUUAUUAUUAUUAUUAUUAUUAUUUGGGGGGGGGCUUCUGGUGGCUUAGCAGAGGUGCAGCAGUGAUGGUGUCCCGGUAUUGUGCCAAUUGGAAAACAGCUCCACCCCCUGGUGUGGUAAAGUGGUAUCGGUCAGAAUCGAACUGUCCGAUUCCUCAUCCAGGACCAAUACAUGGCGGCCAACCCUGUUUCACAUUUGUAAUCAAUAAAUAAGAUGUGGCCUGCUGUUAUCCCAA